AUGAACGUAUUAGCCUGGCUGAGACGUCACGAAUUUGUCUUCGGAACGGACAUCGUAAAGAUGUUCCGACAAAUUCGAGUCCAUGAAGAUGAUUGGGAUCUGCAAAGAAUACUGUGGCUCAACGACAAUCAGAAAAUCAUCACCUACCAGCUAACCACAGUGACGUAUGGUCUCAAUUGCUCUCCAUGGCUCUCUCUACGAGUACUCCAACAACUAGCAGACGACGAAGGCCAUAACUUCCCAGCAGCCGUCGAGACAAUCACCAAAGGCCGUUAUGUCGACGACAUCUACGGGGGAGCAGAAUCAGAACAUCAACUCAAGGAAAUUGCCUGGCAGCUACAAGGGCUGUGCCAAGCAGGUGGCUUCGAACUUCAGAAGUGGAGCUCCAACUGCCCACGAGCACUCGAAGAAAUCGGAGUGCAAACAAGUACAUCACCCAUCCAGUUUGAUGAAUCAGUAACCAAGGUCCUUGGACUGUGCUGGCAUCAAUCCUCAGACACAUUCCGAUACAAAUCCAAGUCAUUCACCUCAGGAUCAUACACCAAAAGAUCAGUCCUAUCAGAGAUAGCUCAGCUGUUCGACCCACUGGGAUUCAUAGCUCCAGUAAUCAUCAGAGGCAAGAUAAUCAUCCAAGAUCUAUGGAAACUCAAGCUCAGUUGGGACGAGCAGCUGCCGCAAGAGCAUGUUCAACAAUGGAAAAACUUUAGAGACCACAUCAACGAGUUGGACAGAGUUUCGGUACCAAGAUGGCUGAAACUCUCCCCAGAGGUCUCAAGCAUCCAGAUCCACGGAUUCGCAGAUGCUUCAACAGCUGCCAUGAGCGCAGUAGUCUAUAUUCGAACCAAGAAGAUCAACGAACCAGCAUCAACAAUGAUGGUAUGCGCCAAGACCAAGGUGGCUCCAAUCAAGCGCAUGACCAUCCCUCGCCUCGAGCUAACAGCCGCAGUAAUGCUAACUCAACUAGUGGUUAACGCACAAGAGAUGCUGGAACAAAAUGAUACAGAGGUUCACCUAUGUUCUGAUUCAGCAGUAGCCCUGGCCUGGAUCAGAAGCCACCCAUCGAAAUGGAAGGACUUCGUCCACAAUAGAGCCAGAAAAUUCCAAGAAGAACUUCCAAACGCCAACUGGAGACACAUCAGCGGUAAAGACAAUCCAGCUGACUGUGCAUCCAGAGGAAUAUCACCAACAGAGUUAGCAGAACAUCAUCUAUGGUGGACAGGCCCUGAAUGGAUAAACCAGGAACCCGAAGCCUGGCCGUUAUCAUCAAUAGACACCCCAGAAGAAGCCUCAACAGAAGCAAAACCAUCUCCAGCACAUCCAGCAGCAGCAAUCAGGGUUCAUGCACUAGCAGAAAUCCUCGAAAGAUAUUCAACACUAGACAAGGUCCUUCAAGUGACAGCGACACUGAACAGAGCAAUCGAUAGAUUUAGAAGACAACCAACACCCCAGACGUCCGUACUGACACCAAGAGAACUCACCGAGGCCAGGCUGUUCUGGGUAAAAAUAACUCAAACUCAAUACUUUGCAUCUGUUUUCAGAAUCAUUGAGAGAAACCGUCAACUGCCACGGACACAUCCAUUGGCAAAGCUGACACCAACAAUAGACGAAGAAGGCAUCGUCAGACUUGGAGGUCGCCUCAAGAACGCCAAUCUAGAUCCCGACGAGAUACACCCAGCAAUUCUACCUCGUCAGUCUCGACUCACCACCCUGGUGAUGGAAGAAGCUCACCGCAGAACCCUCCACGGUGGGACUCAGCUCACGUUGGCCUACACUCGACAGAAAUACUGGAUCAUCGGUGGCAGAGGCACUGUGAGGAACUACAUCCAUCACUGUGUCAUCUGCACAAGACACCGAGGAAAACAGGCUCAACAGCAGAUGGGCCAGCUGCCAGCAGUAAGAGUUUCACCAAUGAGAGCCUUCUUACACACGGGAGUGGACUACGCAGGUCCCUUCCCCAUCCUCAAAUGGCGACCCACAAAUGCAACACCAACAUCAGUUCAUAUCGCAGUAUUUGUGUGUUUCAGUACAUCAGCAGUCCAUUUAGAGCUCGUAACCAGGCAAACAACAGAGGCAUUCAUCGGAGCAUACAAGAGAUUCAGCGGGAGACGAGGCAUCCCAGAAGUCAUGUACAGUGACAAUGCCACCACGUUUGAUGGAGCAGCAACAGUACUCAACAACCUGUACCAUCAGCAAUCCAGAGAAAAUCAACAAAUUCAAGCUGCCCUCGCCACGAAUGGGACACAUUGGGUAUUCUCACCUCCAAGAGCACCCCACUUCGGCGGAAAAUGGGAGGCAGCUGUAAAAUCAGCCAAGCAUCACCUCAAACGAGUUCUAGGGCCGUCGACACUCACCUACGACGAACUCAACAGCGUCGUGAUACAAAUAGAAGCCUGCCUAAAUUCCAGACCAAUCACACCGAUGUCAGACGACCCAGAAGACCUCCAAGCACUCACCCCAGGACAUUUCCUGAUCGGUGAGCCUCUACAGCUGAUUCCAGAGCCCUCGUACAUCAACAAAAAUCCCAACAGGCUACAGAGAUGGAAUCUAGUCACCCAGAAAGUCCAGCAAUUCUGGUCCAGAUGGGCCAGAGAAUGCCUGCAAAGAUACCAGGCAAUCUACAAAUGGAAUCAACGAGAGAGAAACAUCAAAGUUGGAGACAUGGUCCUGAUGAUAGACCAGGACCUCCCCCCAUCAAAAUGGCCAAUUGCACGAGUAUCAGCAGUUCACCCAGGAGCAGAUGGCCUAACCAGAGUGGCCACAGUAAAAACAGCAAGAGCAAUAGUACCAUCUCUACGAGAUGGAAGCCCAAACCUGGAGGGCGUAACCAGCACCAGUGCCACAUUCAACAGACCUAUCGUCAAACUCUGCCUUUUACUGACAGAUCCACCAUCACCAGAGGAACCUCCAGAAGACGAGCCAGAACCAGAGCCACUCAACUAA